GCGGAGGCUCAGAGCGCAUGACGCCGGGGGAGGAGGCGCCACGCCGGGUCAUAUGAGCGUCAUCAGGGGGACCGCGGAGAGCCAGUCCCACGGAGGAGAGCCAGUCCCAAGGCACGGUGGAGUGGAGCCAGUCCCACGGCACGGUGGAGUGGAGGCAGUCCCUCCGAGGAGAGCGCCGCUGCACCGCCUACCCACCGGGCCGCUUCCUCGGAGAGAUGGAGGGCCACUCGUGACCGCCGACUCCAGAGGUGGAAGCAUUGUCCCUCAGGCGUGAUUUGGGACAACCAAAAUCACACCCCAAUCCAGUUCCAGCCAGCCCAAACCGGUUCCCCUCCAGCCCAAUCCGGUUCCGCUCCAGCCCAAUCCGGUUCCAUCCAGUCUAAUCCGUUUACACCCAGCCCUAUUUGGUUCCGGCCAGCCUCCGCCUCGGUUCCUUCAGCUCCGGUUGGUGGGGCGGGGUGUGGGGUCUUAACAGCGUGCCUUUGCCAUGGCCGAGGCAACCAAGUCGUCCCUGCUGAAGGUGAUCCUGCUGGGCGACGGCGGCGUGGGCAAGUCGUCGCUGAUGAACCGCUACGUGUCCAACAAGUUCGACACGCACCUCUUCCACACCAUCGGCGUGGAGUUCCUAAACAAGGAACUGGUGGUGGACGGCCGCGCCGUCACGCUGCAGAUCUGGGACACGGCAGGCCAGGAGCGCUUCCGCAGCCUGCGGACGCCCUUCUACCGCGGCUCGGACUGCUGCCUGCUGACCUUCAGCCUGGACGACGGCCAGAGCUUCGUCAACCUGGCCAACUGGAAGAAGGAGUUUGCUUACUACGCCGAUGUGCGCGACCCCGACCGCUUCCCCUUCGUGGUGCUCGGCAACAAGGUGGACGCACCCGAGCGGCAGGUGGCCGGCGAGGACGUGCAGCACUGGUGCCGCGACAACGGCGGCCACGCCUACUUUGAGACCAGCGCAAAGGACGCCACCAACGUGACGUCGGCGUUCGAGGAGGCGGUGCGCCGCAUGCUGGCCACUAGUGACGAGCCUGCCCACCACCUUUUGCCGAGCGACGCAGUGGACCUGCGGCGAAAGGAACCACGUGGUGGCGGCGGCGGCGGCAGCAGAAUUGCCGAUAGCGGUGAGGCGUGCUGCUGAACUGACAACCCCCCGUCCACCUCCUCGGUUGCUCACGGGAUGGGGAGCAGACCAAGGUGAAUGCGGAGGCGUCCGGUCCUGCUUGAGGUUAGCAGCGUGUGUCGCCCGUCUAUGCGGAGGUUUACAUCCACUGAUCGCUGAUUGGUCGAGCAGGGGCCACGUUGAUCACAGCGAGCCAAGGCGUACGGGAUGAGAGGCAGCCGAUCAUGAGACUCGAUGAUAGGCCUUCCCUGCUUUUGUGUGCGUGGUAAACCUCCACUAGGUAGGAUACUUACUCGUAUGUUAAACCCCAACUGAACUUAACUGCCGCACUGAAUCCAAUGUGUAGGAAACAAUGUUGAUAAAAAAUUAAACAAAAUGGCAUCUCAUCAGAGACUACUAAAAAACACUAUCAAAUUGCAGGUGCUUAUAGUAUAAGUUUCCUGUUUUAAUUCAUGACCAUAUCACUGACCUUGUUCACUAAGCCUUAAACAGACUUACGUUAUUUUAAGAGGUUUCUCUUUUGUUUUUAAUCUAAAUUCCAUAAUGAUGAUGAUAAUAAUCUAGAUUAUAGUGCAAAGGUUUUAUAAUGAAUACAUCUGCCAACAGAUGAGAUUGAACUGAAAAUAGAACAUGAUUUGUAAUGCAAAAACACUGUGAAAUGAUGUCAUAAAUAUAUAUUGUAAAAAAUGUUAUUGAAAUAAAUGGUCACAAAAACCGAUUAAUAUUAAGGAGUAUGAUGAUUAUGCAUUAUGGUUCAGAAUUAAUAAAGUUUGGACCUGAAAGAUGGUUAAUCGUGUUUAUGAACUGAUAAACACGAUUAACCAUUGUUUUUUUUUACAAGCAUAUCCCUGAACAAGCAUGACUCAAGACGUUUUGAUGUUAAUUUGUAUUUUAAUUUGCUCGCAUAAUAACAAUAUGUAGAUAAAGAAGUGUCAUAACUUUAGCCACCAGAGGGCAGCAUUGUGCGGAAGGCCUGCCUGACCAACGCCCAGCCGACAUUACGACAUCAUAUUAACGUAAUGCCUGCUGUCACGUUGCACGCCAGCCAUGUUUUAACAAUUAACUGUAUUUAGUGUUUUAUUUUACACACUGUAUGGACACAAUCAUGCUGGAGUGUACGACUUGUUUCGCAGAAGAUUUACGACAUAACGCACACUUGACAUAGCCUAUAGUUAGAAUCAACCUUGCAUGGAUGACAUCUGUCCAUUUUAUGGGUAACUGGCGUUUUUUAAGAAUAAC